ACUGUCAAAGGGCCACUGGGGCCGCUAUGUCGCCUCCCCACGUCAAAUUGGGUUUUAAUCGGCAAUGAAAAUAUGUUUUUUGGACACUAUAUGGGAAAUAAAUGCUGAGAUUUUAAAUGAAAAGCUAUUGGAAGAUUGCAGAAGACUAAGACAUUGUCAGAAUGUUAAGAAUUGAGUCUUAUAUUACGCCCAUCAUCCUAAGCUAUGUGGAUAAAUACAUUAAGAACCUCAAACCUGAGGACUCCCAGGUUUCCUUGUGGGGUGGAGAUGCAGUCUUCAAUAACCUCGACCUACGUUUAGAUGUCUUGGAGCAAGAAUUACGUCUCCCUUUCUCCUUCGUAAAUGGGCACAUUCACGAGCUGCGGAUCCACGUGCCAUGGACAAAACUGACAUCGGAGCCCAUCAUUAUCACAAUCAACACCAUAGAAUGCAUCCUGAAACUAAAGGGCAGUGACACCGCGAGCUCAGACACCUCAAGCCAAGGAGGAACAGGGCCAAAGUCGCCAGAUAUUAGGCAAGACCUAGAAGUACCAACGAGUUAUGUUCAAGGGCUCAUCAACAGAAUCAUAAAUAAUGUGUGCAUUGUUUGCAAUAAUGUAAUUCUCAAGUAUGUUGAGGAUGACAUUGUCUUAUCUAUCAAUGUAAAAACACUUGAGUUCCGCUCUGUCAAUGGUAACUGGACGCCAGCUUUUAUAGAUUUGACAGCAGAGGACCUGAUUUUGCGGAAUCUUGCAACUCUUACUGAUCUAACAGUGUGCUUAGAUAAGAGAAAUGCUUCAGGCAAGAUAGAAAACUAUCAGGAGCCCCUGUUGUACAGAUGCUCACUAUCUUGUAGAAUAGUCCGCCAGUUUGAGUCUGUCAACUCUAUACAACCAUUAUGCACGCGAUACGAUGUCUUUUGCCCACAACUGCACUUCAGUCUGUCAGAUAUGCAAUUGCCAAUGUUUCUGAGGUUGCUUCAGCUUGCCUUGGCACUCUACUAUGGAGAUCUUGGGUCACCCACUGACCUGGAGCAACCCCAAGGCCAGCCAAGAGGGGAUGACCUGGACAUGGGGCUUGGAGAAGAUAUGACAGGAGAGGAUUCGUGGUCAUCAUGGGCAUGGUCACUUGGAUCUGCUCUUCUGCCAGUCUAUUGGGAAGAUGAAGAAAACACCAUUUCUGCUCACCAUUACCGCCUCAACAAAACCUUGCAUAUGGGGCUCUAUGUCGAGAUGGCAACAUGGACUUUCAAGUUGACAGAAUCUGUACAAGAUAGUGGUUAUUUUGGACCUACAAAAAUGCGAUUCACACCAUUCAUGAGGGUUGAGCACCAGGGGAGCUUUAUGACUGUUGUUGUGCGAGGUCUGGAGGCAGUCAGUGUGCAGCUUGGUAUAUCUUCUCUCUCAGUGGAUCCUGUUGGCAUGUGCAUCUGUGGAAUAGCCGAUAUACAAGAGGGAAACAUAUCUUCGGGAGAAGGUCAAACAGUCAUGGCCAAAGGAGCGUCAUCCUUCAUCAGCAUUGGACAAGAAGGCCAAGAAUACCUUGGCAAAUCCCUGUUUGAUCCUCAGGCGUUGAUGGAUUCCCAAGAGCUCUGGGAUUAUGCUUAUUCGUGGGAAAAGCACUCAAAAGAGACCACAGAAGCUAAUAUGUUGGCGAGGACAGGGGCUCUUGCCAUGGACUAUUUCUACCUGAUGGAGCUCCCAGCAGAUUUAAAUAGUGAGCAGUUAUCAGAAAUUAGCACAGACUUAGAAUACAGCAAUUUAAGUGAACGAGCCAUAUGUCGCAUUGCCUUCGGUGCCUCUGAGGUGAAUGCUUCUUCAGGAUUCCACCACAGACUGCAGGCAGUGUCCCAUGCCCUCAACCAGCAUGACUACCCACCUUACUCUAGUCCUCCCAAUACAGAUGAGCCUCCAGCUGACCUCACGGGUCCCUCAGAGGAAGAGGUGGCAGCGCUCGAGGCCAACACACCCAUUCGCUCAUAUGUUGUGACCAUAAUGGAGCCAACUCUAGUGCUACAUGCAGCUCAGCAUGUGCAGAUCAACAUGAAAACUAUCUUGAAUGCAAAACGUAGAAAGAAAAACCAGAAAGCAAGUGCUGAACUUUGCAUGGCCCGAGUCCUGCCUGUACCAAGUCUGCGGGUGAAGUUGUCCCGCUUGGAUAUAGAAUGGACGAAGCCCAUGUACCCAAAGAGACUGGUGUCGGCAGCCUGUAUGUUGAGACCUCCUUCUCCGACCAUGCUGCAUAACUGCCACUCGCACUUGUCGUUCACUGCCCACAACCUCUGCCUUGGUGUCCAGUACCAGACGAAUGUGGUGCCGUUGCUCCAGGGUUUCUCGCCCUCCCUCUACUGCAAAAGCCUCCUCCUACCCUCGUACUGGUCUUCGCCCCAUCAGCCCAGGGAUGAGUACUUCUUUCAAGCAGAUUCCUUAUGUGUGGAAAGCAGUGCACCCCAGUUGCUGCUGUUGUAUCGUCUUCUUAUGUCAUGGUAUGACAUUGAUCCACAGCCUGAGGUUCUUCAUCAGGAUUCUUUGGUAGACGAUGCUCUUGCAACCAAGAAAAUGCAUGUUCUUACUGUGAAGGUCCAUCAUAUUGAGGCUAAGUCGUGUGACACUCCAUCCUUAUGCGGCUUCAUGGAACUGUUGGAGUUUCCCAAGGAUAACUGUAAUGAGAGUGUACCAAGCAUCCUGACAGUGGGCAUGAAGAAAAAGAUUGAAACAGAUGUUUUGAUGGAUAUGGUGUUCCUUAAAAAAAUCUCUGAAGUACGGGAGAUUGUGAAGCCACAGAGGAAGCCUUCGGAAACAGAAUCAGAGGCCACCAAGGUAGAAUCCUCCAAUGCCACACUCUCUGAAGCCAAGACCGGAAGCAAGCUGUUUGUUCCCCAAGAAUCUCAAGUUCAAAACGUUCAGAAGUCAUGGAAGGAGAAGUUUGUGGAGUGGUACCCAAUUCUCAGUAGGCUCCUCAUUCACGUAGAUUUGGACACUGCAACAUUGUUUCUUUCUUCUUCUCCUCUGAGCAUCGCUUCAGAAUCUGGUCUAGUCAAUGCUGUCCAUCGCACAUAUUUGACCCGCAGUGAGAGAGGAAUGCUCGGAGAUACUGUGGUGCUCUGUCUGCCUCACCUGGUCCUUCACAAUGCUGCACAGAAGCAAAGUCUCCUGCACAAUGUACAUGAUGUACCUGUUAUACUGCCAUCAGAAAUAUGGGCAACAGGGCGAGACAAAUUGCCUUGGUCUCUGAGUCUUGCUGGCUUCAGUGUGUACAGUCUUCAGGGAUCUGGCCAACAUGUGAAGCUGCAAGUUCUGAAACCUGUUAAUACAACUGCUACACUUGCCAUUUCUACUGUGUAUCAGGGACCAUCUCUCAACCAGCUUGGCCUUGUCAUACACACUGACAUGUCCCCCCUGGAUUUCUAUGGAAGCCGCUGCCAGGUUGUAGGGCAUGUCACAAUUGUAGAGAACUUGCUCAGCCUUGCCUCGCUAUUCAUGGAUACAUUGCAGGAAGAGACCUCUUCCACAUCAUCAACGCCGGCCCCUCCCCCUCCUGUGAUGGAAGCCUCCUCCGUGCCCACCACUCACCCACCUCACCAGCAGUCAACACCAACAUCAGCUGUACAACAGCCAUCCACACAGCAGUCUAACCUUACACAGCAGUCACCAAAACAGCUUCACCACAGUAGCUCUGACCCCAACACACUGAUGGUGACUGAGGUGGAGGAGGUUGAGGAAGAGAGAGUCCAAGUGGUGAGUGAGGCAGAGGUGCAAACAAACACAGGCCCCAUAGUCACUGUGUGGGUGCAGUGGACAGUGGCAAGAGUGUCAGCCUCACUCUAUGCAAACAGUGGGCCUGAGCAGAGAAAGCUUCGGGCAGAGUUGGAGGACCUGACAACAGCCUUAGAUCUUCAUAAAGUAUAUUCUAAGGCUAAAGUUAAGGUUACAUCUGUCAGUAUUCUCCACUUCACAAGAAGGAAUAAUUCAUGGGUAGCUGGUGAACAUGAAGGUGUUGUCAUGACUUGUGGAGACCAGCUGACUCAUGACCUCAAGGUUAUCAACCCUCGAAAUGGCACGGUAGACCCACACUAUCACUGUGGUAGGACCAACAACAUACCAACCGAGCAGCCCAAACAGCAUGGAUUUGUUUCACUGACUGUCACAACAGCUCUAUGCAAGAAUAUACAGUCAUGUUGGAACUCACUGAUCAAGAAGCACUUAAAUGAAGAUAGGGCUCUACCAAGUGACAGAAAUGCAGACCACUAUUUAAGUGAAGUAGACAUACGUGUUCAACCGUUUGACUGCGUCUGUUUCCCUGCUUCCUUGCAUAUCUUUGCUUCGGUGUAUGAUCCUUGGUUGCAGCUGCAGGUUCCCAAGCAGCUCAUCCAGAAAGGUAGGACCAUCUCCAAAGAACCAGUGGGUAUGAACCUGAACAAUCAUACACUGCCACUGAUCUACCUCCACACGGAAAGCAUCCGUCUGUUUCUCCCUGCUCGUGACACUUCUAGUGAGGAUUCCUCAGUUCACAAUAUGUUCCUGGUUCAGCUUGACUCUACUGUGAUCACUCCUCAAGUAGACAACCCUUUGUCGCGAAUCAUGAUAAGACCUGACAUCUUCCACAUGGCAGAGAGAGCUAGAAUACUGGGUGUUCCAGGAUCAGACGUCGAGGAUCGGCAGUACCAAAUUGACCUUGUUGGGUUUAGUGUUAGUACAGGAUCCUGGUAUGACCUGGUGAGUGUGAAGGGAGGACGACCUAGGAGUUCUUCUGGUGAACGGUUGCGAGUUAUGGGGGAGAAUCCAGCUUUAGAGUGGAACAAUUAUGAUCCAACACAAGAUAACAAAGAUACAGACAUUAUUCUUCAUCCAUUCAUUGCAAGAUUUGACAGCAGAAUUAUUGCAGCUCCAGCCAUCGUUUAUCGAGGAGUUGAAGGAGAGGAUGGGGUGUCAUCCCCUACUUUGGUGGCAGGUCAUUCGCUAGAAAUAAAUGCCACUUCAGAUAUUGACCUCCAUAUAAGUCUGCCACAGAUAUGUCUCCUUCAGGAUAUUGUUGAGGAUACGACAAGACUGAUAACCCAGAUGAUAGCAAGUGGCAGACAAGGCCAAGCUUCACAGAUGCCAUUGGACAUCCAGGACAGUGGCGUGGACUGUGACAUAUCAUCAGUAGAACUCUCAAAAGGAAUGGCUAGCCAGAAGUCCACAGGAAGCAGUGGCUCCUGGUCGUUUGUGCCACUGGAACUGCUGGUCACAGGAGGGAAGAUUACUGCCAGCAUCUUUGAUCGAGGAAUUCUAGAAGAGGGGCAAAAAUUGAGUGUGAAGUAUUUACAAUGCCACGAAAGAAAUAUUGUUGCUAACAAUAAGGAAAAUGAUUAUGAUAUGACAUUCAUCCUGGUUGGCAGCGCAGUAAGCUGGAGCAAAGAGCCAAAGAGGGAGCGUGAGCUAGUGGCUGAGGCCGCAUCAACAGAGUCAGAGCCCUCACCCAAGAGGUUGCCACAGAACCGCCAGAGGACAUUACCUCGGGACACUGGAGUGGAAACACCAUCAGAAAAGGAGGUGGAAGAUGGUGAUAUACAAGGCUGCUGCCCCAACAGCUUCAGUACUUCCCUUAUUUUUAUCAUACAUCUAGACAUUCACACUGGUAGAGUGCCAAGAGACAGUACAAUCAUAGCAUUACACAUCCCGUUCUCCCUCAAGCAUGUGGUGUUGGUUUCCACGCAUUCGACCCUUUUGUAUGUGGUGGUGUCCCAGCCUCAUGCGUUCUUAUCUUGUCAGCCACUAAAACAAAAGCUGGACAUAUCUUGCUUCAACUUCAUACUGCGAAGUGUUCCAAAAGGGUUUUCUGUGAAAGCCACCGAAGCCAAACAGCUGCCAAGUGCAGAGGACUACACAACAUCAUGGCUCGAGACACGGCCAGGGGAUCCACAUCUCAAAACAGGCAUUCCUCCUGCUCUGUUAGUGAUUUCUGCUACUGAUUUCCUACACAAGCCUGCAUGCAUAAAUAUUGAAGUUGGAAGGCCAGUGCGCCUCUACCUAAGUGAGAGUCGUUGGCAGCAAGUGAUCCAUGUUAUGAACAGCUUGUCUAAAGUCACUCCAGUGCUGGGGGUGAUCUCCUCUCCGGACACAAAGCCAGCUCCAAAGCCAGACAGCUCCUUGGACUCCCAAGAGGCCUCUUCUCCAGAGAUUCUGCGUCAGGCCCUGUCCAACUUCGACAGCAUAUCUGUGGUGACGAACCAGGUUGUGGUCAACUGUGAAGUGAUGAAGCCACACAAGGCCAAGACAGAACUUCACUGUAGCAUUUCUGGAAUAAAGUUCUGUACCUCUACCACCCGCAAAAGAGGAUCCCAGCCCCAGGAUCCAAGACUGGAUGUCAUCUCAGAAAUCACCAUCAAUGCAGAUAUCCUAGAUUUGCACAUGAAAACUAUCUAUCAUUCUCAAAAACUUCAAACUUUCCUUAAGCCAUGGACAGUAUCUGGGGAACUGAAGCUGCUAUGGCUCCAGUGGAGUACUCAGCCUUAUGUAGAAAUAAGAAUUGAUACAGAAACCAUCAUGGUGGACUUGGGCCCAGAACAUUUGUUUUGCUUCAUGGACCUAUGGCAGCACAUAUCAACAUUCAUGAACAGUGAAAGUGAAGAAAUAAAAGAGGUGAAGCAGGUCAAGCCACCCAAGAAGGAAGACCAUCCUCAUGACAUUCUGUACCAGGAUGACUUACGAGCCGGGAUCUUCCAGUACGUGAGUCUUGCACUUGAGGAUCCCAAGCCUUACCAAGUUGUGUUUGACAAGAUGGCAGGGACCAUGGUCUGGUGCUACCCAGAACCUCGGACACUGACCAGAGUUGACAUUUAUCCUGUUCCAUUUGUUGCUGCUUCUGAGUUCAGCACAAUGGCAGAUGCCCAAGACAAAGAUCAAGUCUUGUGUGCCCUUCAGUACUUUGAUUCACUGCGUGACACUUUCAUAACAUAUCGUCAGUUCCAGUUAUCAGAAUCAAAGUUCUGUCAGUUGGACCUGCCAAGUUUCUAUGAAAAACAGCAUAUUGCAGUGUCAUCUAUGUGGAGGGUGUGCAUAGAUUUCCGGGAAGAAGAUAGUGACUCACAUGAUGGAAAAAUCAUAGUGUCCCCAGGAGCCUUGGCUGCAUGCAUGAGGGUAGAUUCUAUGUUUUCUGUGGACUUGUUGCCUAGAACUCAAGCGGUGGUGUCUGUUGGGCAGGCACAGGUAACUCUUUACAAUCAUCUUGCCCUGACUGGGAACAAACUGCCCAAAGAGCUGAGAUUUUUCACUUUAGAUAGGUUAGCACCUGAAGAACAACCCUUCCUUACCUUUACCUUAGAGAAUGCAUUUAUGCGCACAUAUUCUUGGGCCUCAGCAGCUCACAUACAGGUAGGGGGAUCCGUGCGAACUGAUGUGCUUAGCUACAGCUUCUUAACCAACAGUUGUCUUCUGGAACCAACAUUUAUUGAAGCUAGUCUUGUCACCCAAGAUGCUGAGGGACCAGAUAAACCUAACUGCAUUGACUCCAUAGUCACAGUCAAACCAAUGUUCAUCCAUGUGAACCAGUCCAUUAUCCACACACUGAACGUCGCCUAUGAGAGUUGGCUGCAGGUGUCAGCCACAGUUUCGGAUGUAGCAUGUGGACCAAACUUGGCCCUCCUCAAGAAAUCCCCUGUGAUAUAUAUGACCAAUUAUCUCAUAUGCAAUGAUACACUGGAGACUAUUAGGUUUGGGCAAGUAGGGACAGAUGAGAAUAUACUCCUUGGCUCCAGAGGAAUCCACCUGUAUUCCUGGAGGAGUCACAAAUAUCCACCAUUACUGCAUGUGUGCGUGGAGGGAGGCAAGUGGAAAUGGUGUGACCCAUUCAUGCUAGAUACAGAAGGAUAUCAGGUACGCACAAUUCACCAUGAAAAUUACCACAUUCACUUCCUGGUAGCCCUAGAGAACUUGUCACCAACCCAGAAGCUUCCCCAUCCUACAUCGGUGAGGCCCAUGGAUACGAGUCCGAUUGAUGGGAAACCAGACAAUAUGGUCAGGGGAGAUUCCUUUGUCAUACGAGCGGACAAAGGACUCCUCCUGGUGAAGAUUCCGUUGAAGAUGAAGGGAGAGAGCCUCAUUUCAUGGUGUCGUGUGCUGAGGCAGAGAGUAGGCUCUGUGUGGAGACUCCUGGUGGUGUUCAGCCCACAGUACAUGGUCAGGUCCCAUCUUCCUCGUCCCCUGAUUCUUCAUGUCAACACACCAAGCAAUCACACUUCACAUCAGGUUGUGGUGAAGGGGCGUGGAAAAACACAUACGCUACAGUGCGAUGGUGGCAUCACACAUCAGUUGACAUUCCAACUAAACCCAGAGUUAGAGGUUUCAAGUCCGCCCAUUCCCCUUUCAAGAGCUAUGGCUGACCAGAUGCGACUAUCUCAUUCUCAAGAACCUGUGGACAUAGCACAGUACCUUCAGAAUCUAUUUGACGGCCCAGAAGAACGUUGGCCAUAUGUAGAUACUUCCAACUUCAUGGGGGAUGUUCUCUUUGCUGAUCAGCCUAAGAUUGACCUGCAGGUUGGAUUCUCUGGUAUCUACUCUCAGUGCAACACUCUCUUGGUGGAUAUAAGACCUUGGGCUCUUAUGAUCAACCACUCAGGAAUAGAAAUUGCUUUGCGUGAACAUGAGUCAACAAGCUGCUGGUUUGUGCCCCCUGGUGCUGUGUUUGCUCCUCCCAAGCUAGACGGACUUUUUACUAUUGGGGUAGUUGAUAAUGAUCAGCAGUACCACACUGUGCCAUUGCAGUUGUCCAAAGAAGACAGGUGGUACAGCCUCAAAUUUGAAGGAAGGAUACCACGUGAAGGUUUUACUAAUUUGCGCAUCUUGACGCAAGAUAAGGUAUACUUGAUCACAGUAUUGUCCAGUUAUGAAGAGAACAUACAGAUCUUACACCUCCUUCCCACUUACUCCAUCACCAACAACACCCAAGAGGAACUGACCAUCCGCUCAAUGUAUGUCUAUGCUGGUGACAUCAAGGUGCAGCUCCCAGUGUCUCUGCCAGCCCUGGACUUAGCAUCAAAACCAGCUACGGCAGAGCUGAAAGAAGUCCCCCUCCUAAUGUGGCACAUUCUUAAGGAUCCUGGUGCUUCCAGUUCAGAUGAGGAACUUUGCUGCAUACAGAUAGGUCAGAACGGAUAUCAGGCACAUCCAGUGGUGGUGAGGGACAAUCCCCCAGAUCAGAGAAUGACUUUCACACUGCCAGAUAAAGAGAGCAAUUCUGAAUCGCCUUGGUCGACCCACAAGUAUCAAGGACAGACAAAGAUGGUGGUCCAAGAAGAUCCUUCACCACAGAUGAUAAUACACAACAACACCAAAGCUUUACUCAUAUUAGAGUUCAACCAAGAAGAUGGGAUCAUGGAAGAGGAAUUGGACAUGUUUGCAGCAAUGCCAUCAGUUCCACCCAACAAAGCCGUCCACUACACUUUCCCUUACAUCUCUCAAAGGUUCCCAAAUAUUGUGUCAAACAAUGUCGCAUACCCACGCCUGCAUUUCUCACAGCCUGAUGUUCUCAAUAAUUCAUCAGAAUCUGAGGAGGUUUUGUGGAGUCAGGGAGUGGACAUCCAGCAGCAUUAUGAUCAAUUUGUGAGCAUUCCUGGUCAUGGAGAUGUGAAAGUCCGUAUUGAGAAGGUGGGUCACACAGUCCACGUGUUUAUCGACCCUGUUAGCAGAGUGGAGGUCUCUGCUAGGGACAUCAGGAGCCGGAUAGCUGCAGAGCCAUCCAAGGGGCGAGUGGCCACUUCCUCAAACAAGGGCAGGGUUGUGAAAAAAGAGGGCCUUGUCUUUGAAGAGGAACAUGCCAACCCCCAGACGAGCGAGUUGAGCUCAUACUAUUUGUGUGGUGAUGCCCAAAUUGACAAUCAACUCUUUGUUGUAGGCAAAUACGACUUUCCAGUGAUACUUAUUCGACAGGAUCCAGAAUCUGCUCCCAGAAUCUCACCAUUAGACCCCAUUGAAAGAGCAAUUCAGAUUUCUCACAACAAUGCACUCUACACCAUGUCCCUGGUACUUGAACGGUCCCCAACAAAGAUGUGCAUACAUUCCGUCCACAUGAGGUUAAAGCCUAUAACCCUUUAUGCUGAGGAUGCAGUGUUCUAUUCCCUCAUGGAUAUUCUCGCCUCAUUUCUUCCUGCCUCUAAGCACAAAGUUUCAAAUAUGAUUGCAGAAAAGGAAGAGAAUGAAGAGGAGGAAAACUUGCCUAUUGUCAUGAAAUUGCCCCAAGAAGUCCUUGUCAAGUCCAAUGCUAUGACACACCCCAUCCAUAUGAGUCACCUGAUCAUCGACCCAAUUUCCAUUUUGUUAAGUGUCCAUGCCUCAGUCAAGCUAUACAUAGCUCUGGAUCAGUCACCACUCAGCUUUGGAUUCCAGCGUACGGACAUUAUGACGACAAGUUACAGUUUGGGUCAUAAUCUCACUAUGCACUUCUUGUCUGGAGCACUCAUAAGAGCUGGCUGGGUUGUUGGAUCUCUGGACCUGCUGGGAAAUCGAGGAUUCGCCAGGACUGUUGGGUCUGGUAUCAAGGACUUUGUGCAACUUCCUUAUGAAGGGAUCCUUCAAGGUCCCUGGGCAUUCAUAGCUGGUGUGACACACGGCUCUAUGUCUUUGGUCAAACACCUUACGGCAGGAACUGUUGUAUCCCUCACAAAUCUGGCAAGUUCUGUGGCUCGCAACAUGGAGCGGCUGUCAUUGGACCAAGACCAUGCUGCUCGCAGUGAAGCAUGGCGACGCUACCAGCCAUCAGGCCUUGCGCAUGGACUGAUGCAGGGAUUGUCUGCCUUUGGAAUAUCUCUACUGGGUGCUAUUGGAGGACUAGCACACCAACCCAUGCAAGCUCUGAUGAACGAUGGGCUGACAGCAAAGAGUGUUGGCGGUGUGGGCAAGGGGCUGGUGGGCAUUGUCACAAAGCCCAUAGGAGGCGCUGCUGACCUUCUGGUUCACACAGGCCAGGGAUUACUUCAGGGCGCAGGCUGGCAUCGUGAGCAAGUCCCUCGUUUCCCCCCACUCGUGGAACCGCACUGCAUGGAGGUCAACGCUCCACUGAAGCUGGUGUGGAAGUUUGUCGCUGCGCUGCCCCAGGAGUGCCAGGCUGUGUUGGCUGCGGUUGAUGCAACACAUCUGACAACUGCAGGCACUUACACUCCUGUCACUGUGCUACUGACUCCUCAGGUGCUCUUCAUCUUGAGUGUGGAA